CAAUUAUUAACCAAAUGAACUGUAAAUAAAAGAAGGAAGAAAAAUGAAACAGAGGAAACAGAGAAGCAACAGUAGAAGUAGAAGAUAAAGAAUGGAAGGUGGUUCGAAAGGAACACUCAAAGCUGUGGCUCUCAUCGUUGGAGACAACAACGUUAGAGGCUCUCUUCACUUCUCUCAAUUCCCAAACGGGAUAACCCAUGUGAAAGGAAAGAUAACAGGGCUGUCUCCAGGCCUUCAUGGCUUUCAUAUCCAUGCCCUUGGUGAUACCACCAAUGGCUGCAAUUCUACUGGGCCUCAUUUUAAUCCAUUCAAGAAGGAUCAUGGAGCACCAAGUGAUGGAGAGCGUCAUGCCGGUGAUUUGGGUAACAUUAUAGCAGGCCUUGAUGGUAUGUGCAAUUUCUGUCAUUUAUAUGACUAUACAUUGGAUAAAUUGUUAUUUGUGAAUGACUUUUGGUUUUUAAGAUUACAAUUUAAUGUCUUCAUUGCAGGGGUUGCUGAGGUUUCGAUUAAAGAUUGGCAGAUUCCACUUAGUGGGCCACAUUCCAUAUUAGGGAGGGCAGUUGUUGUGCAUGCUGAUCCUGAUGAUCUUGGUAGAGGUGGGCAUGAACUUAGCAAGACAACUGGGAAUGCGGGUGCAAGAGUUGGAUGUGGUAUCAUUGGCCUUCAAUCAUCUGUUUAGGAGUAGUUUGGUUGCUGUUAAAGGAUGUUUGACGUAAGACUGCAAAUUGUAAUCUUGUGCUUGAAUUUAUGUAUCUUGCAUUAAUCAACUUGUAAACAAAUUUUGGGAUGGAGAACGGAAUCCUAUCUGUAAUGUAUGUGAUCAAUAUGAAAGGUACUUAGAUUAAGGAACUCCUUUUUUUAGGUACAACUAGAUCCAUAGACCACUGUUGAAGUCUUUAUGAUUGCUUA